AACCCUGCCCAGACCUGUUUGUAAAGCUAAAACAGAGAGCGGUGAAGGUAGAGGGAGUUUCACAGACAAUCUGUUUAAUAGCAGAAGUUAGACAUGUUGCGGGUGUGUGAGAAGCUCCGUGAGUUGGACGAGAAGGGCAGGAGGUACGGACUAGACCGUGCGGAGACAGACUACCUCCGUGCCCUGGUGGACGCCAUGGCCGACACGGACAGGCUGGCGGAAGUGGAGCUGCUCAAAACACUGGGCGACGUGAACGUGGAGAGGGGAAGACUCGGGAAGGACGUGGGGAAGUUCAACACGGCCUUGGCGCUUUAUCUGGCUUCUAUGGUGCGGUGUUACCAUGAAGAACAGGCAGAUGGUAUAGAACACCGCUACCACUACACGGAGAGGCUUGUACAAGGGCUGUCGUCACAGGGUAAGGAAUUCGAACAGCCAACAGAGGACAAGGGGACGACUACACCUGCAAAGGUAGCGGCAAAGUUCCAAGAUCUGGACAAGAGACGGGCUACCGGUGGUAAUACAGACUCUUUGCUGGUUGGAUACGCACAGGUGAUGGUAGAGGCGAUAGUAAACGACAACAGCAUGUUAGAAACAGAGGCGAUCAAGAGUCUUGGUGACGUGUACCUGAAAAGAGGAACAGAAACUUGGGACAAUAAAAACUUGACCAGAGCUACUGCUCUGUACAACAGGGCACUGGCGCGGUGUCACAACGUUCAUGGAACAGUUGUCAUUGUUCACCGCUUACUGCACACCGCAAAAAUCAGGCAUGGCAUCACCACAACAAGAAACAAGAUUGCAACACGUACGCAAAAACAACAAGACGUGAGAGGACGGAAGGGCCACUUCUCUCCUUUCUCAGCUGCGCCCUCUAGCGACGGAACCACCAGUCAAGUUGACGACGACAUCUCCUACCGCAGGUACAUCCAGACGGCAGACCGUGACCUGGACAAUGGAGACCUGGGCGCAGCAGAGCAGAACCUAGCAGCCGCCCUGAAGCUGGUUCACGGUCUUAAACCCAACAAGGCUAAAGAAGCCGACUGUCUGUGCAGGUUGGGUGACGUCUACGUUGAGCGAGGUAAGCGGACAGGAGAAGGUAGGACAUUCACACAGGCGGCAGCUCUGUAUAACGCCUCCAUGGCUCGGUCAGAUGGAGACAAACAAAACAUUAUAAGAAAACUGCAAGAGACAGAAAGGCGGUUUCUUAGAAACACAUGUAACCUAGACUGUGAACCGUGUCCGUAUAGCAGCGCGUUAGAUCACAUAAAGGAACUCCACAACUUGCGCGCCCGUGCAAAAUCUCAGCUCGAAGCAGUUCAUCAGGAACACAACCCUUAUCAGUAUGAUGAAGACGAUCCCGUCGUGAGAGAGGUAGAGAUCAAACGAGCUGAAGCAAUCAAGAAUUUGUUCAAGAACAUCACAGCUGGAAGACGAGAGUUUAUCCAAGUUCUGACAGAUGAAUGCAUCGCCAAACUCGGACCUCCUCCCUGUAAGUACGCUUUCAUCGGGAUGGGGUCACAGGCCACAGAACUGGUGACGCCGUACUCCGACCUGGAGUUCGCCAUUCUGAUUGAGGAGGGGAAGGAUGAUGAUGAUACACGGAGGUACUUCCUAAAUCUCACACACUACUUACAUCUAAAAGUCAUCAACCUUGGAGAAACCAUCCUCCCAGCCAUGGCCAUCCCGUCACUCAACGACUUUCUCUCAGAAGACCCAGAGAAAGACUGGUUCUACGACUCCGUCACACCUCGUGGCUUCGCCUUCGACGGCUUCAUGCCAUGGGCUUCUAAGACUCCGCUUGGAAGAGACAGAACCAAAACGAAAGAUCCCGUUAGUCUCAUCCAGACUCCUGCCGAGUUGGCCAAGUAUCAGAAUAUCAGAAUUGCCCUGGCGGAAGGCUAUCACCUGUCAGAUAUCCUCAGACGGGUGACCUACUUAACAGGAGACGAGUCUUUGGUAGACGAGUAUACAAGCAUUGUCAACGAAAGCGUAGACCGUUCCCCUGUUCUGUCACGGUUGUCAGCAAUGCUAAUACUGAAGGAUAAUAUUGGACAAAUAAAAAACGUUGAAGCAACGGACCAACUUCUGGAUGUGAAGAAAGAAAUCUAUCGUUUCCCCAGCGUGGCCGUUGAUGUGUUGAGUAUUUGCUGUGGUAUCACAAUCCCCAGUGUGUGGGGAAUGAUAGAAGAGUUACACAAGACACAGCGGAUAAGUGACGAAGAUGCCCACCACUUGACUGUACUGAUCAGCAUCUCAGGGGAGCUACGGUUAAGAACAUACAUUGCCAACGGAGGACAGAAGGACAGACUGUCUCCUCUCAUGGAGAUGAAAACCCAACUGGACAAACAAGACGUAGAUGACAACAUCGUUGAGUCAGUUUUCCACAUACCGGACUCUAAAAUGUUGUUCAGGUACUACUAUACAGCCAUUCCAUUAAAAACAUGUAUUAUCAAUACAGUUCAAAUGGAAAGUCCAACGGAAAUGAUGUUCCCAACAGCCAUAUUCGAUAUCUCAUCUCAAACCAGGGGUCGGAUAACACAACAGCUGUUGCAAUUAGACGCAUCUAGAAAAGCUAUCAGUUAUCACGAACAGUCACUGAAGAUGAUGAAAGCUAUCUUUGGUAAACCAACGCCACAUCCCGACAUUGCGUCAUCACUAGACAACAUUGGGACCUGUUGGGGUCACCUUGGUGAUCAGAGAAAAGCUCUUAGGUAUCACGAACAGUCACUGAAGAUGAGGAAAGCUGUCUUUGGUGAAACAACGCCACAUCCCGACAUUGCUAAAUCACUAAACAACAUUGGGGCCUGUUCGAGUAACCUUGGUGAUCAGAGGAAUGCUCUCUCUUAUCAUGAACAGUCACUGAAGAUGAGGAAAGCUAUCUAUGGCGAAACAACGCUACAUCCUGAAAUUGUGUCAUCACUUAACAACAUUGGGGCAUGUUGGAGUAACCUUGGUGAUAAGAGGAAAGCUAUCGGCUAUUACCUACAGUCUCUGAAGAUGACGAAAGAAAUCUAUGGCGGAACAACGCCACAUCCUGACAUUGCUAACUCACUAAACAACAUUGGGUCCUGUUGGAGUGACCUUGGCAAUCGGAGAAAAGCUAUCAGGUAUCACGAACAGUCGCUGAAGAUGAAGAAAGCUAUCUAUGGCGAAACAACGCCACACCCUGACAUUGCUAAAUCACUAAACAACAUUGGGACCUGUUUGAGUUACCUUGGCGAUAACAGGAAAGCCAUCAAUUAUCACAAACAGUCACUGAGAAUGAGGAAAACUAUCUAUGGCGAAUCAACGCCACAUCCUGACAUUGCUAAAUCACUAAACAACAUUGGGAACUGUUGGAGUAACCUUGGCGAUCAGAGAAAAGCUCUUAGGUAUCACGAACAGUCGCUGCAGAUGAUGAAAGCUAUCUAUGGCGAAACAACGCCACAUCCCGACAUUGCUAAAUCACUAAACAACAUUGGGACCUGUUGGUGUGACCUUGGUGAUCAGAGGAAAUCUCUCUCUUAUCAUGAACAGUCGCUGCAGAUGAUGAAAGCUAUCUAUGGCGAAACAACGCCACAUCCCGACAUUGCCGGAUCACUAAACAACAUUGGGGCCUGUUGGCGUGCCCUUGGUUAUAAGAGAAAAGCUAUCAGUUAUCACGAACAGUCACUGAAGAUGUGGAAAGCUAUCUAUGGCGAAACAACGCCACAUCCUGAAAUUGCGUCAUCACUAAACAACAUUGGGGCCUGUUGGAGUAACAUUGGUGAUCAGAGAAAGGCUAUCAGUUAUUACGAGCAGUCACUGAAGAUGUGGAAAGCUAUCUAUGACAGCGACAUGUUGCGGGUGUGUGAGAAGCUCCGUGAGUUGGACGAGAAGGGCAGGAGGUACGGACUAGCCCGUGCUGAGACAGACUACCUCCGUGCCCUGGUGGACGCCAUGGCCGACACGGACAGGCUGGCGGAAGUGGAGCUGCUCAAAACACUGGGCGACGUGAACGUGGAGAGGGGAAGACUCGGGAAGGACGUGGGGAAGUUCAACACGGCCUUGGCGCUUUAUCUGGCUGCUAUGGUGCGGUGUUACCAUGAAGAACAGGCAGAUGGUAUAGAACACCGAUACCACUACACGGAGAGGCUUUUACAAUGGCUGUCGUCACAGGGUAAGGAAUUCGAACAGCCAACAGAGGACAAGGGGACGACUACGCCUGCAAAGGUAGCGGAAAAGUUCCAAGAUCUGGACAAGAGACGGGCUACCGGUGGUAAUACAGACUCUUUGCUGGUUGGAUACGCACAGGUGAUGGUAGAGGCGAUAGUAAAAGACAACGACAUGUUAGAAACAGAAGCGAUCAAGAGUCUGGGUGACGUGUACCUGAAAAGAGGAACAGAAACUGGGGACACUAGAAACUUGACCAGAGCUACUGCUCUGUACAACAGGGCACUGGCGCGGUGUCACAACGUUCAUGGAACAGUUGUCAUUGUCCACCGCUUACUGCACACCGCAAAAAUCAGGCAUGACAUCACCACAACAAGAAACAAGAUUGCAACACGUACCCAAAAACAACAAGACGUGAGAGGACGGAAGGACCACUUCUCUCCCUUCUCAGCUGCGCCCUCUAGCGACGGAACCACCAGUCAAGUUGACAACGACAUGUUGCACUAUUGUUUCACAACAACGUUUGUUUCGUUGUUCAGAUCCUACCGCAGGUACCUCCAGACGGCAGACCGUGACUUGGACUAUGGAGACCUGGACGCAGCAGAACAGAACCUAGCAGCCGCCCUGAAGCUGGUUCACGAUCGCAGUAAACCCAACAAGGCUAAAGAAGCCGACUGUCUGUGCAGGUUGGGUGACGUCUACGUCGAGCGAGGUAAGCGGACAGGAGAAGGUAGGAAAUUCACACAGGCGGCAGCACUGUAUAACGCCUCCAUGGCUCGGUCAGAUGGAGACAAACAAAACAUGGUAAGAAAACUGCAAGAGACAGAAAGACGGUUUCUUAGAAACACAUGUAACCUAGACUGUGAACCGUGUCCGUAUAACAGUGCGUUAGAUCACAUAAAGGAACUCGACAACUCGCGCGCCCAUGCAAAAUCUCAGCUCGAAGCAGUUCAUCAGGAACACAACCCUUAUCAGUAUGAUGAAGACGAUCCCGUCGUGAGAGAGGUAGAGAUCAAACGAGCUGAAGCAAUCAAGAAUUUGUUCAAGAGCAUCACAGCUGGAAGACGAGAGUUUAUCCAAGUACUGACAGAUGAAUGCAUCGCCAAACUCGGACCUCCUCCCUGUAAGUACGCUUUCAUCGGGAUGGGGUCACAGGCCACAGAACUGGUGACGCCGUACUCCGACCUGGAGUUCGCCAUUCUGAUUGAGGAGGGGAAGGGUGAUGAUGAUACACGGAGGUACUUCCUAAAUCUCACACACUACUUACAUCUAAAAGUCAUCAACCUUGGAGAAACCAUCCUCCCAGCCAUGGCCAUCCCGUCACUCAACGACUUUCUCUCAGAAGACCCAGAGAAAGACUGGUUCUACGACUCUGUCACACCUCGUGGCUUCGCCUUUGACGGCUUCAUGCCAUGGGCUUCUAAGACUCCGUUUGGAAGAGACAGAACCAAAACGAAAGAUCCCGUUAGUCUCAUCCAGACUCCUGCCGAGUUGGCCAAGUAUCAGAAUAUCAGAAUUGCCCUGGCGGAAGGCUAUCACCUGUCAGACAUCCUCAGAAGGGUGACCUACUUAACAGGAGACGAGUCUUUGGUAGACGAGUAUACAAGCAUUGUCAACAAAAGCGUAGACCAUUCCCCUGUUCUGUCACGGUUGUCAGCAAUGCUAAUACUGAAGGAUACCAUUCGGGAAAUAAAAAAUGUUAAACCAACGGACCAACUUCUGGAUGUGAAGAAAGAAAUCUACCGUUUUCCCAGCGUGGCCGUUGAUGUGUUGAGUAUUUGCUGUGGUAUCACAAUCCCCAGUGUGUGGGGAAUGAUAGAAGAGUUACACAAGACACAGCGGAUAAGAGACGAAGAUGCCCACCACUUGACUGUACUGAUCAGCAUCUCAGCGGAGCUACGGUUAAGAACGUACAUUGCCAACGAAGGACAAAAGGACAGACUGUCUCCUCUCAUGGAGAUGAAAACCCAACUGGACAAACAAGACGUAGAUGACACCAUCGUUGAUUCAGUUUUCCACAUACCGGACUCUAAAAUGUUGUUCAGGUACUACUAUACUGCCAUUCCAUUAAAAAGAUGUAUUAUCGAUACAGUUCAAAAGGAAAAUCAAACCACAAAGAUAUUCCCAUCAGCCAUCUUUGACACGUCAUCUCAAACCAGGGGUGGAAUAACGAAACAACUGCUGCAAUUUGACGCAUCCGUACGUUACUUUGAGGCAGCACUGAAAGAGGCGGGCGGCGACGAGAAAAAGAAGUUAGAAAUACUUCUUGAAUUAGGAAAUGUUUCGCAAAUGCGGGGUGACUAUAAAGAUGCGAUCAGUUACUACAAACGGGCACUUAGCUCUGAAAAUACUAUUUAUGCAGAUACAAAAACGCGUCCCGUUCUUUCCUCGCUAUUUGGAAACAUUGGGAAAUAUUGGAGUCACAUUGGUAAUCAGAGAAAGGCUAUCAGUUAUUUCGAACAGUCCAUGAAGAUGAUAAAGGCUAUCUUUGGAGAAUCAACGCCACAUCCUGACAUUGCUUCAUUACUAAACAACAUCGGGUUCUGCUGGAGUGCCCUUGGCGAUAAGAGGAAAGCUAUCAAUUAUUACAAACAGUCACUGAAGAUGAGAAAAGCUAUCUAUGGCGAAACAACGCCACAUCCUGACAUUGCUAAAUCACUAAACAACAUUGGGACGUGUUGGAGAGACCUUGGUGAUCAGAGAAAAGCUAUUAGUUAUUACGAACAGUCGCUCAAGAUGAUGAAAGCUAUCUAUGGCGAAACAACGCCACAUCCUGACAUUGCUGUAUCACUAAACAACAUUGGGAAAUGUUGGAGUGACCUUGGCGAUCAGAGGAAAGCUAUCAGUUAUUACGAACAGUCACUGAAGAUGAGGAAAGCUUUCUAUGGCGAAACAACGCCACAUCCUGACAUUGCGUCAUCACUAAACAACAUUGGGGCCUGUUGGCAUGACCUUGGCGAUCAGAGGAAAGCUAUCAGUUAUCACGAGCAGUCGCUCAAGAUGAGAAAAGCUGUCUUUGGUGAAACAACGCCACAUUCCGACAUUGCUGGAUCACUAAACAACAUUGGGAACUGUUGGCGUGCUGUUGGAGUGACCUUGGUGAUCAGAGGAAAGCUAUCAGUUAUCAUGAACAGUCACUGAAGAUGAUGAAAGCUAUCUAUGGCGAAACAACAGAACAUUCUGACAUUGCUUCAUCAUUAAAUAACAUUGGAUUAUGU